AUGAGUUUGGUCCCUUUACCUAAAGUGCAAUGCAGUUUACCAAAAGCGAGGAAGUAUCCCAUUGACGUUCCCGGUACGGCAAAUAUAUCUUACGGGCACAAGUUGCGCGAACGCAAAAGUUGCCGCAUUGCAAAGCACCGUGGUUCGGAUAGAUCUAUCUUCGAAGGCGCAGUGGAGGAGGAGAAGAGGGAAUACGACCAGUUACUUAAAAGUCUGGACUUCGAGAAAGAAACCGAUCGGAAAAUCAGGAACAAGAAUCUUCGCCAACGAGUCCAACGAGACAUGUCGGCAUAUGAGGAGAAUCUACAGGCGCGUAGGGAGAAACUGCGCGAUCUCGUAUCGAGCGAGGAGGCGAAUCUAAUGAGGGAGAUCACGGAGGUAGCGCGGCAGGAUGAGUGCGCCCGAUUCGAAGAGAAGCUCGCGAGAAUCGAGAAAUUGAGGAAGCGGCACGAGGAGGAGCACGAGGCGACGGUGGCCGCCAAACAGAUGCAGCGGUAUCUAGCCUCGUGUCCGGAUAUCAAGCAAGAAUUGUCGAGAAGAUCCGCAAUCGAUGCGAAGCAAUGUAACGUGGCGCAGAUGGCGAGCAACGUGGCGAGGAGAUUAGCGGAGAAGGAACUGGACGCUGUCUGGCACGAGAUAAUGCUGCGGGAUACCGAGGGGAGGAGGCACAAAGAGACGGAGGAGUCGGAAAGACGAGCCCUGGCCAAGCAAGAAACGGUGUCCACUUUAGCCCAGCAAGUGGUGGACAAGUUGGCGCAGGAAGACGAGAAGAAGCGGGUCGAGAGGGACGAGCGGGAGCAUCUGGAGCGGUUAUGCGAGGAUAUGCGUCGUGCGGAGUUAAGGGAUCUCGAGAUAGAAAGGCAAAAGCGGGAAAAGUUGAAGGAGGAACUCGAGGAGCAGAUUCUAACGACGAGGAAGUUCCUCGCCGAACGUGCCCGCGAGGAAACGAUGGUGGAUCGCGAGCUCAGAAUGCUGGCCGAGGAGGAACUGGCCAGGGAGAAGGAUCGCGCGAAACAGGACACCGCGGCCCUUCGCGCGGAGUUAGACUCCUAUCUCGAGUAUUUGGAAAACUUGCAGCGGGAGGAGGUCAAACGGGAUCUCGAGGUGGAGGCCGUCGUUCGGCGAUCGCACGAGGACAUCGAGGCGAGACGUGAAGUCGCACGGGAGAAAUUCAAGGAAGCUCGUCGGCGCGCCGCGCAGGAAGUCCUUCGAGAUCGGGAGGAACAGCUGAAGGCGCGGCAGGAGGCAGAGAAGCGGGAACAACGGCUGAAGAUGGUGGAGCGGGAGGCGCUCGAGAGGCAGAUCGAGAUGGACGCCGACUUGGCCGCGACGGAGCAGAAAGAGAACAGACAAAAGGCGCUUCGUUACGGGCUGGAGCUCGAGGAGCAGCGGAGAUGCGUCGAGACGACGAGACGUCACGAAUUGGAGGAGGAACGACGGUACCGCCAGGCCGAGAUGAAGAAGCAAGAGGAGGAAUAUCGGAGGCUCGCGGACAAGCUGUUGAACGCUUCCGAGAGCAUUACGCCGCAUCCGUUUAAAGCCCUGCUAAAGGAGAGCCUGAAGGAGUCCCCCUCCUGA